AUGACAAGUGGAGGAGGGUGGACAUGGACAGGCAGGCGGGUUCCCAGUGUGGUUGAGGUGGGGAGCUAUUACCAGUGCUGGAGCCAAGUUUGUGUCCUGUACACUCAAGGGAUCGCUAACAGAGAAUGGAGAGAGUUUGGCAGGACAGAAGUCAUAGACAACACCCUCAAUCCUGACUUUGUUCGCAAAUUCAUCCUGGACUACUUCUUCGAGGAGCGGCAGAAUCUUCGUUUCGACCUGUAUGAUUUGGACUGCAAGAGUGAUAACCUUUCUAAACACGACUUCCUGGGCCAGGCUUUCUGUACAUUGGGCGAAAUAGUCGGCUCCCUGGGAAGCCGCUUGGAAAAGCCAUUGAUUGGAAUUCCAGGAAAGAAAUGUGGCAGCAUCAUAAUUAGAUCAGAGGAGCUGAGCAACUGCAGGGAGUCAGUGAUGCUUCAGUUUUGCGGCAACAAGUUGGAUAAGAAGGACUUCUUUGGAAAAUCGGACCCUUUCCUGGUGUUUUACCGCAGUAAUGAAGAUGGAUCGCACACCAUCUGCCACAAAACAGAGGUGGUGAAGAAUACUCUGGACCCGGUGUGGCAGGCUUUUAAAAUUCCUGUCAGGGCGCUGUGCAACGGAGACUACGACAGGUACAGCACACAGCCCCACAGCAGGAAUCCU